AUACAGUCGAAUCACGAAAUCUGAUUCAUGCGGUCUGGGUAGGUACCUGGUACUGUUCCCAACUUCCUAUCAAUUCCAACGCCACUUUGCCUUAUCGUCACUCAUUUAUUCCUCGGUUGACCCCUGUUCACUCCUUCUCUCUGUCUACUCUUGAUCUUUUCUUUUCUUUUCUUUUCUUUCUCUCGCUCCUUCAUUUUUUGAUACUUACACUCUUUUCAUCAUCUCGUUUAUCGUAUUCCCAUCUACAGUCGACCCUUCCCGAUUGGUACCUCUCCUGGAUUUCUGUCCCCGAUAGCGGACCACAGCUGUCAUUUACUUCUCUGACGGCUUUCGUCCUUGCGAUUACCCCUCCUCCCCCCGCCAUAUGCCAUACUAGAACACAGAUAAGAGUUGGUGCAUGGCACCUCAAUCGAUCACCAUGGCAGAUUCAACUCAAAAAGCCAAGCGGAUCGUCACCGUUGUAGCGGCGACACUCGUGGCUCUCGCGUGCGGUACCAAUUAUGCGUACUCCGCAUGGGCGCCCCAGUUCGCCCACCAGAUGAAGCUGUCGUCUACCACGAUCAACUUCAUAGGUGCUGGAGGAAACCUGGGUAUGUACGCAUGCGGUAUUCCGUUAGGGGUUUUGACCGAUAAUCGGGGCCCACGACUCACAACGUUCAUUGCGGUCAUUUGCCUCGGUCUGGGGUACUUCCCGCUUCACCUGGCUUAUGUGGGUGGAGAGGGAUCAAUGGCGGUGUUCCUCCUUGCCUUUUUCUGUUUCCUGACUGGGUUUGGAGGUUGUUCUGGCUUUUCGGCGGCUAUCAAGACCGCUGCCACGAACUUUCCCGAACACCGUGGAACAGCGACAGCCUUCCCCCUUGCUGCCUUUGGCCUAAGCGCUUUCUUUUGGUCGACUCUGUCAGCUAUCCUGUUUAACGACAACACUGGCAAAUUUCUUCUCCUGCUAGCACUAGGAACCUCACUACUCACUUUCGCCUGCUUACCCUUCAUGCGUCUUCUUCCUCCCUCUAAACCAUAUCAGCCUGUAUCACGGCCCCGUUCGGUAGAAUCCAGGCCUUUCCACAGUGUCAACCCUACCGACUUUCGGUCUGAUCUGGAACCGACUGAUGAAGCAGGUACGCAGCAUUCCACGAUCUUUGAAUCGUACCCGGCAGCUCGGGAUAGAUCGCACCCCGCCGCUUCACACUCCCAUUCCUUUGGCCAAGUCACCGAUCAAGAUGAGCUGUCAUCUCUGGUUUCCAAAACAACCCCACGAACCUCCCAGGAGAUCUUGAAUGAGUUUGACGAAGAAGAUGAUGAUCAUUUGCCUGAUAUUCCUCUCGACUCACAUCAUCCAGACAUUAGAGGUUUGGCGAUACUGCGUAAGAUUGAAUUCUGGCAGCUUUUCAUGACCAUGGCGCUUCUUUCUGGAAUUGGUUUGAUGACGAUCAAUAAUAUUGGGAAUGGCGCCAAGGCCCUCUGGGAAUAUUAUGAUAAUAGUGCAACCUCGAAAUUUAUACAGCAGCGACAGGUUAUGAAUGUUUCGGUUUUGUCAUUCGGCAACUUUAUUGGCCGUCUCUCCAGCGGUAUUGGAUCCGAUAUUCUGCACAAAUUCGGCUUGUCGCGAUUUUGGUGCUUGUUCAUAUCCGCGUCCGUGUUCACACUUACCCAGCUUGCUGGUGCAUCGAUAUCAAAUCCGAAUCACCUGGUUCUUGUUUCGGGAUUCACAGGAGUUGCGUACGGCUUUCUCUUCGGUGUUUUCCCAUCGCUCACGGCCCACACCUUCGGUAUCGCCGGUCUCUCGCAAAACUUCGGUGUGAUGACUCUUGCACCUGUCUUCAGCGGUAACAUUUUCAACUUACUCUACGGAAGUAUUUACGACCAUCACUCUAUCGUCCGUCCAGAUGGAGAGCGGGAUUGCACCGACGGGCUUGCCUGCUAUCAGUCGGCAUAUUAUAUGACCUUUUUCUCCGGUGUUGGAGGAAUCCUCGUUUGCCUAUGGACUAUCUGGCGUGAGAAACGGUUGCACGGGCCUGCCCACGCGAAGUUUGAACAUGAUAGACUCGCUUAAGCUAUUCGGUCGUCCGAUGGUUCCGCUGUGGGGAAAUGGAAUCAUCAGUAUACACAUUCUGGAUAAUGGAAUCUCCCCCGGAAAAUUUGCAUGAUAUAUUCGGCUUUCCUUUUGUGUUGUUUUUUACUUAAAAAUACCUGGGGUUCAUUAGGCAUUGCGGUCAUAUGAUCUGGUAUAUCACUAGAGGGUUGGAUAUACUCUUUCCUUUCAUUUCAUCCUUUCUUCUCGUCUUCAUACCUCGGAUCUUGUUUACACUGUAUAUACUUCACUUUGCGAUUGUUGCAUGCGCUGUUUAGAAUACAAUGAUUUGAGUAACAACUUAACCUUGC